UUUUCCUGCUAAUUAGCUAGCUGCACUUGUCUGAGCUGUUCUCUCCACCACUCCAAAGUCCAAAUCACACCAGCAACACCCACGAGAGAUGCAGUGAAGAUACAAAAAGUAGAGAGAUCAAUGGAGGCUGUGAGCGCCUCGCAUGGCGCAUUUGGUCCCCUGCUGGGGAAGCUCACCACCUUGCUCGCCGAUGAGUGUGCUCGGCUGAAAGGGGUCCGCCGUGAGAUCCGCUCCCUCAGAUCAGAACUCGCGAGCAUGCAUGCUGCACUGAAGGAGUAUACGAAGCUAGAAGACCCAAAUGACCAAGUGAAGACAUGGAUAUCGCUGGUCAGGGAGUUGGCCUAUGAUACCGAGGAUGUCUUCGACAAGUUCAUCCACCAGCUUGGCAGCGGAAGUAAUCAUGGUGGUUUCAAGGAGUUCUUCCGCAAGACCGCUCGUCGUUUCAAGACACUUGGGUCUCGUCGCGGAAUCGCUGACCAAAUUGACGAUCUGAAAGAUCGCAUCAAGCAAGUGAAAGAUCUCAAGGAUAGUUACAAGUUGGAUUAUGCUCCUUCUAGCAUCGCUGGCCCUCCAGUCGUGGAUCCCCGGCUGCAUGCAAUUUUUGCUGAUGAAGCACACCUUGUGGGGGUGGAUGGUCCAAGAGAUGAUCUUGCCAAGUGGAUGUUGGAAGCAAAUAACUUGUCCAAAGGAUGCAAGGUUUUGUCAAUUGUUGGGUUUGGUGGAUUGGGAAAGACAACACUAGCGAAUGAGGUAUGUCGCAAGAUUGAAGGGAAUUUUCAUUGUAAGGCUUUUGUAUCAGUCUCACAAAAACCAGAUGUAAAGAAAAUUAUCAAGGAUGUAAUAUCUCAAGUGGCAUGUGAAGAUGGAUCCACAAAAGAUACUAUUGAUUGGGAUGAAAAGAAGUCCAUUGCCAAGCUAAGAGAACUGCUAGAAAAUAAAAGGUAUCUCAUCAUCAUCGAUGAUGUAUGGUCUACACAAGCAUGGCACGCUAUCAAGUGUGCUUUUCCAGAGAAUGAUUGUUCUAGCAGAAUUAUAGCUACUACACGCAUCAUUGACGUAGCAAAGUCAUGUUGUCUGAGUGCUGACGACCGUGUGUAUGAAUUGGAAGCCCUAAGUGAUCUCCACUCUAGAAGAUUGUUUUUCAAAAGAUUAUUUCGCUCUGAGGAAGAUUGCCCUGAAAUGUUGAAGGAAGUUUCUAAUAAAAUUUUAAAGAAAUGUGGAGGCCUACCAUUGGCAAUUAUCAGCAUAUCUGGUUUGCUAGCAAACCGACCAGCCAUCAAGGAAGAAUGGGAGAAGGUUAAGAGGUCAAUUGGUACUGCACUGGAGAAAACUAACAGUCUAGAGGGCAUGAGUAGCAUACUAUCUCUUAGCUAUAAUGAUCUUGCACCUCAUCUCAAGACUUGCUUGUUGUACCUAAGUUUGUUUCCCGAAGACCAUUUGAUUUACAGAGAUAGGCUAGUGAGGCGAUGGAUAGCAGAAGGCUUCAUCUCUGAAGAGCGUGGACAGAGCAAGCAAGAGGUCGCGGAGAAUUACUUCUAUGAGCUGAUCAACAAAAGUAUGGUCCAACCGGUGGACAUUGAGUAUGAUGGAGAGGUCCGUGCCUGCCGAGUCCAUGACAUGAUGUUAGAAAUUAUCAUUUCAAAAUCAGCUGAAGAUAAUUUUACCACUGUGGUAGGUGGAGGUCAAACGAGUUUGCUAAAUCAUCAAGAUUCAAUUCGGCGGCUAUCAAUCCAGCACAUUGACAAGAAACUUGCAUCUGAACUGGCAAAUGUAGAUCUCAGCCAUGUUCGAACUUUGAUAGUAAUGCCAUCAUGUUGCAUCACACACUUGCCCAGUCUUGAUCGGUUUGAAGCUUUACGUGUUCUGGAUUUUGAAGGUUGUGUGGAUUUAAAGGACUAUGAUAUGGAAGGCAUGGACAAAUUGUUUCAGCUAAAGUACCUCGGCUUUAGGGACACACGUAUAUCAAAGCUACCAGCAGGGAUCGUCAUGCUAGGUAAUCUAGAGACGCUGAAUUUUGAGGGUACAUCUGUGAGAGAGUUACCUGCUAGAAUUACUCUUCUGACUGAACUACGACACCUAAUCGGACGUUUGAACAAGCUACCAUCAGGGAUUGGGGGCAUGAGGAACUUACAGCUGAUGCCAAGAUUUAUUAUUACCAUGCAAGAAACAGAUGUGUUGAAGGAUCUCGGGAACCUGAAAAGUUUGGAGGGACUCGAUGUGGAUCUUGGCGAUGAAGUAUCCUGCGAGGACAAGAGAUGUGAGAAAGAGGCGUUCCUCUCCUCACUGUGCAAGCUUGGCACCUGCAAACUCCGUUCUUUGGAAAUAAAAUCAAAGUACUGUGGUUCCCUCGACUUCUUAGAUUCCUGGUCCCCUCUGCCAUCUUCUCUUCAAAGGUUUGUGGCGGCCUACAGAGAUUCGUUCACGAAACUUCCAAAGUGGAUUACACCAGCACUCAUUAACCUUGCCGACCUCUGGAUCUGCUUAACUGAACUGACGGAAGAUGGGCUGCUUACCCUUGGGCAGCUCCCAUCCUUACUCCGCCUGCAACUACGGUUAUCAAAAAAGUUUAUUGCCACAGUCCAAGUCAUUUCUUUCCCAAAUCUGAAAGCGCUUAACUUCUCAGGAACAGCACAAGCAUAUGUUUCGUUUGCGAAAGGGUCAGUGCCCAAGCUUGAGUCAAUUGAAAUGCCAUUCAAUGCGUCGGAGGCAAAAGCUAAUGGCUUCUAUUCAGGCAUUGAGCAUCUCCAUUGUCUCAAAUUAGCUUACAUAUGGUGUAAUGAAGACGGGACACUACCAGAAAGAAAGGCUGCAGCUGCUGCGAUCAGGAAAGACGCAGAUGCCAAUCCCAACCAUCCUGAAUUUACUUUUGAGAACGAACCAUGGGAAGAGGACAAUGAAGAAACUGGUGCUGGUGACGAGGAGAAGAGCAACGAAGAUGGUGACACUGAUGAGGAUUAAAAUGCUCACAAACUGCAAGAGGUGACAAGAUGAAAAACUGAAGCUGACACCUCCUGAAAAGAGUGAUCUGGAGUCUCUCUCAACUGAAGUUGCUACUACUACUUUCUUGCUACAUACGACGUGUUAGAUCGCCUGUGUUCCUUACUUUAUGAUUCGGACUUGAGCUCUAUUAUUACUGCUAAUAAGGUACUCCGGUCCUGUCGGACAGUACUUGGAGUCUGAAUCUUGUACGCUGUUCUUAAGCCUGUCCCACUAGCUUUAUGCAUUCGGCAGGACCUAAUUUGUAUUUGUAUUCGGGAAUAUUUGUGCUGAAUACUUGAUUUCUGUUUUCAUAUAAUGCGUGGGCGAAUGCACUGUGUUUGAUUA